ACCCCGCGGCAGUGCUUCCGCAGGCCGCCUAGCGAUGGCACGCGCGUUUGGCUCCAUAGUCGAUCUUUCACGCGUUCGCGAACUACAUAGGUGAACUUACGACUACUCAUAUUUUCACUAAGACGAUUUUUUCUAUGUCAAAAAAAUGACUCUUUUUCUACAUUUAUAUUGUGUGGUAUGGAUAACGUUAUUGACAGUCUACUGCAGUACGACAGGUCAGGGAUUGCCCAACGGACUGAAUGUAGUAUCUGUUGCUCCUAUAGAGGUUCCCAAUGAAUCUAUGUACCCGAGAUUCGCUGAGCCAAUCCCGAACGUCACAGUCACAGUUGGCAGGGAUGCUUUACUGGCUUGCGUCGUCGAUAACUUAAGAGGAUUUAAGGUGGCAUGGGUUCGAAUGGACACCCAAACAAUCUUGAGCAUCCAUCACAAUAUAAUAACACAGAAUCCGCGCAUCAGUUUGUCGUACAACGAUCACCGCUCGUGGUACCUGCACAUCAAGAACGUACAGGAGGUGGAUCGCGGCUGGUACAUGUGUCAAGUCAACACCGAUCCCAUGCGCUCUAGGAAAGGCUACCUGCAAGUUGUUGUGCCGCCAUCGAUCAUCGACAAUAUGACGUCUACGGACAUGGUUGUGAGGGAAGGUACGGACGUAACCUUGGUGUGUCAAGCUUCGGGCUACCCCGAACCGUAUGUUAUGUGGAGACGAGAGGAUGGACAGGAUUUUAACUAUAAUGGAGAUUCUGUGGGUGUAGUUGACGGCGAAACUCUAACUAUAACAAAGGUGUCACGUCUCCACAUGGGCGCCUACCUCUGUAUAGCGUCCAACGGCGUUCCUCCGUCGAUUAGCAAGCGUAUCAUGCUUAUGGUUCAAUUUCCACCGAUGCUUUCAAUUCCAAAUCAAUUGGAAGGGGCAUACAUUGGCCAAGACGUGACGUUGGAAUGUCACACGGAGGCGUUUCCCUCCUCCAUCAACUAUUGGACCACAGACCGCGGAGAUAUGAUCAUUUCCGAAAUGGAAAUUGUAGGUGGCAAAUACGAAGCGUUCCCCGUGGAUAGCGGCUACAACAAAUUUAUGAUGCUCAAGAUUCGCAAUAUUACCAAAGAAGAUUUCGGCAGUUAUAAAUGUAUUGCGAAGAACUCGUUGGGCGAAACGGACGGCAUCAUCAAACUCGAUGAAAUACCAGCACCCCCGUCCGCUUUCACAACUACGCAAAAAUCUAUACUGGAUAAUCAAACGAUCAGAAAAAAAGGUCAACCUCAAAUUGUUCAAACGAAUGACGCAGUCAGUUCAACAUUCCAAGGUGUAGCUUUCGGUGAACAAAUAAGAGAUUUUGAUUUCUACGAAGAAGAAAAUAUAGCAACAGUUCCGAAAUUAGGAAAAUUAUUAUAUGCGUUACUACUUUAUCAUCUGAUAAAUGUUACGUUACAAUUACAUUCUUGAUAACAUAAUAACUAAUGUAAAUACAAUAACUUAAGAUACAAUACUUUUAUAUAUUUCUCUAAUAGUGUAUUUCAUUUUUUGCUGAACUGACAAUAAAUAUUUAUUCCAGAUCAACAUUCCAAACUGUAAUAUUUUACGCAUUUUUAUGAAGAAAUAUUAAUUUAUGAUUUUGUUUGUAGCAACAGUUUGAUAUGCUUAUAUAAAUAAUCACGUAACUAAGAAGUGAAUGUUGAUCACAUAGAGAUGAUACUAUAAACAUCAAUAUUAGUCAGUGCAAUUUCAAAUUUAUUACGAAAUAUUUGCAUAACUGUAACGAAUUAGGUAAAGUACAUAUUCCUAAAGAUAUGUUUUAUUCGUGAUAACAAAUCAAGUUAUAUAAAUACCAAUUAUACAUUACCAAAGAUAUCUGUAAAUAGCAUAAAAUUUAGUUAUGAUUUGUUAUUUCACUUGCUAAGUAAUAGAACAUUUUAUUUAUGAUUAUAUUCUUACAACUGCUGCUUUUCUUAUACUUAUAAUAUAAAAAGUAAUCGAACUUAAAUUUUGUACGUUUUAUAUUAGAAGUUUAGGUAUAUAUUUAGUAUCUAUUAUAUUUUGUUACAAUACUUGUAUUUCAUAUUAUAUUUGUUUAUUUAAUUUGUAAAAAUACAAUUUAAUCCAAAAAAUGAAUGCAAAUAUAAAUUGAUUUGUAACUAUUAUAUUUUAUUUCGUUAAUUUAUGACUUUUGUCAGUUAUAUUACGAAAUAUAUCGAUUAUUUCUAUGUUAUUAACAUGAUUAUCUAUGAUUUCUAAUAAAACUGGACCGUGACAGCCUAGCGGAUAGAUUACGACGAAUUAAGCAAAAAGGUCGAAAACGACUCAAAUCCAGCUCUCCAGACUCAUAUACCGCUGAGUUUUUCAUGUACUAAAGUCUUUUAAAAAUAUUUAUCAGAGGUGUUCUAAAAUAAUUUUACAAUUAUUGUGCGCGACAUGUAAAUCCAUCAAUAAUACCCAGAAUUGCGACAUUAACGAUUCUGUUUGUGCUUUCCUUAUUACUUUACUAGACUAAUAAAAUAUUCAUAAUUUUAAAAUAAAGUACAUUAUGAAACUUUUUCAACAGAGGGAACUUAUUAAUUUUUUAAGGCAGCUAAAUAUAUAAUACUAAGCUAUCUACCUGAUAUUAAGAACAAAAUCGCGGCUUUAUAAUUAUAGUAUCCUUACCGACCCCUAUAUUUUAUUACGCGUUUCUCUAGGGAUUCGCGACCCACAGUUUAAGAAGCCCCAGUAUAAAACGGAUCUCACCCUUAUUCGACAAAGACAAAUUGCAUGAUUUAUAUAUAAUGUAAUUAUGUCGGUUUAUUCAGCUUAAUAAUUCUUUAAAUCGAAUAUAACAGAAAGCUAUUUCAAAAUUAUAAUUAUUUUCUAUUGAUUUAUUUAAUAUAAAGAAAGUUUAGAAACUUCAGUAUCAUUUUAUCCAAAUUAUUUCAAUAACACCUAUAAAAUCUAUGCUUCACAACGAAAUACGAUUAUAUUUAAAACUCCAGUAUUCCGAUAGCAAUACAUUUAUGAAUACCUACAUUGAUUACUAGCAUGUAUUACAACGAUCUUCUUAUUGUAUAUAUUACUCAAUAAUUAACCAUUUGUUUUUAUUUUUUUAACUAUCGAAUGCUCUUAUUAUUUCAAUUGCUCAUGUUUUUAACUAAAUAUUUGUUAUAGUAUACAAUUUAUGUAUAGAUAAUGUAGGCAAUUGUAACAAGAAACAUUAAAUAUUCGUAUAUUUUAGUUUAUAUAAAAUCAUCCUAAUUAAUAUUCAUUAUAUUUUAAAUGACUGUAUGUAAAUGUUAGCUUAGAGAUUACCAACCUUAUAGACAUAAAAAUGUUUUGUAAUUGCUGCUAAAUCGAACUGCCAAAUAAAUGUGUAUAAAAUAAAGUCAUGCUUAAUAUACAGAU